AUGUCCGGGUUCAAUGAUCUUGUUCCUAAUGGAGAUUGGCUACCAGCUAGCCCGAGCCCCAGCCCGAGCUCAAUAGCACUCAUCUCUUCACUGAGAGCUGAUGAUUUUGGAUGGCCAGCUCAUCUGGAGGAAGCUAAUGAAAGUACAUGCAAAAACCUCGUGGUCGAGCCUCAAGAGCAUGUGAACUGGAGCAACUCUGUUGGAAAUGAUGGGGCACAAACUGGUGCAAUGACUAAUCAAACAGUGAAUGUGAGUGCACCAUCAAAGCAGAACACGAGUUCUCGUGGAGGGCUCAUGGAAAGAAUGGCAGCUAGAACUGGAUUCAACGUCUCGAGGCUGAAUACAGAUGGACUUAGACCUUCUUUUGUGUCACAGAAUCAAGAGAUUAAGUCUCCUUAUUUGAGUAUUGCUGCUGGUCUCAGUCCAUCAAUCCUCUUAUAUUCACCUGUUAUGCUCUAUAAUUCACUGGUAUGUACCUCACACUUCCUGUUUAAGAUCGAAUGUCUCUCUCUUUUAUUUGUUUGUUAG